GUUAAGUAUAAAUUUCUAAAUUACCAUAUAAGUACUUUCUUUAAGGUAAAAUAAAAAUAAAAAUGGCAAGUGCUCAGUACAAUGCUGGUGAAUCCCAUGGCCGUGCUCAGGCCAACACAGAGCAGUGGGUAGAUUCAGGGAAGAGUAUAGCAAAUUCUGCUGUAGACAAGGCUGAAAAUGCUACACAAAGAGCUAGUGAGACAGCUGAACAAAACAAGGACCAAAAUUCUGGAUUGCUUCAACAGACAGGAGAGCAAAUGAUACACAUGGCUCAAGGUGCAAUUGAUGGAGUGAAGAAUACUCUUGGAAUGGGAUCAGAUAAGAAGUAAAGAGGAAAUUAACACUAGUUUUACCUACUAAUUUCCAUAUUUAUAUAAGUUUUGUGAUUUCUUGUUUUUAGAUCUCUCACUAAGUGCAUUUGACUAAGAUACUUAGGAUUUAAUAUUGGAUUAUCCAAUUCAUUGGUUUUGAUAAAUCAGAGAGUCCAUCUUUUUGGUGUUAGUCAAAUGACAGUUUAUUGAGAUUCUGCAAUCAUGAUUCUCAUGGUUAUGUAAUAAAGAUACUAUAAGAAAUUAAAGUUUAUUUGGCGUUGGGAAUUCAUAAUUUUUA